UGAUGUGGAAAGAAUAUGAUUCUAAUCAUACUAUGUGUCGUUCUAAAUAUUAAUUAUCAUAUAAAUGUCAUGAGGAGGAUGGAGAUGAAGGAUGGAACUCGAGCUCCGGUGAGUAAUAAUGGUUAUUUUGGUGGGGAACAAAUAUCAACCUCUAAAUUCUCACAACUUCUUGCUUCCAGUCAUCGUGAUUUUCUUCUAUCUCCAACUGGAGCUCAGGUGAAAGUUUCAGAACUGGAGGGAAAAGUAGUGGGUCUAUUAUUCGCAGCCAAUUGGUACCCACCAUGUCGUGUAUUCACCCAAUUACUAAUUGGAAUCUACGAGGAGCUGAAAACUAACAACCCUCAUUUUGAAAUAGUGUACGUGUCCUCUGAUGAAGACUUAGAUGCUUUUAAUGAGUUCUACAAAAACAUGCCGUGGCUUGCAAUUCCAUUCUAUGAUUUGGAAACAAAAAAAUCAUUGAAUAGAAAAUAUGAAGUGGAAGGUAUUCCAUGUUUAAUUAUGUUGCAACCUAGUAAAGUGGAUGAUGCAACAACACUUCGUCAUGGUGUUGAACUUAUUUAUCGAUAUGGUGUUCAAGCUUAUCCAUUUAGUAAUGAGAGAUUGAUGGAAUUGCACGAGGCAGAGAGAGAGAAGCGUGAAAAUCAAACACUUAUUAAUUUACUUGCUAACAAUUUUAGAGACUAUGUUUUGAGUCAAACUCACACGGGACUAUUCACACAGGUACCUAUUGCUUCUUUAGUGGGUAAGACAAUUGGACUAUACUUCUCAGCCGGGUGGUGCGUACCAUGCACAAAAUUCACCCCAAAAUUGAUUUCCGUUUAUGAAAAGAUCAAACAAGAGCUAACUGAAAAAGGAGAUAAUGAAGACUUUGAAAUUGUGCUAGUUUCCAACGACCGUGACCAAGAAUCUUUUGACUCUUACUACAAUACUAUGCCUUGGUUAGCAUUGCCUUUUGGAGACCCAGAAAUAAAGAACCUUGCAAGACACUUUGAUAUACAAGGGAUUCCUUGUUUGGUAAUUAUAGGUCCUGAUGGUAAAACAAUAACAAUACAUGGAAGAAAUUUAAUAAACUUGUAUCAAGAAAAUGCUUACCCUUUCACUAAGGCCAAAGUUGAGCAACUAGAGAAACAACUUGAAGAAGAGGCUAGAGACCUUCCAAUUUUGGUGCAUCAUGUAGGACACCAUCAUGGAUUGAAUUUAGUGUCGGAUGGAAAUGGGGGAGGACCCUUUAUUUGUUGUGUGUGUGAUGAGCAAGGCUCUAAUUGGGCCUACCAAUGUCUUCAAUGUGGCUAUGAAGUGCAUCCAAAAUGCAUCAAAACCGUGCAUGUGCAUGUGCAUGGACCGUGACAACCCACGACCCCUUAUUGGGUUGAGAUCCUCUUUACUCAUCCAAAAAUUUCAAUAAAAUAAAAUAUUAUUUUGUUUCAUCAAUCUUUCUAUCUCCUAUUGAAAUUUUUUUUAGAGAAGAUCUCAACUCCUCUAAAGGCUACUAAUACGAAGUUGAUUGUAAGAAUCAAUUUUCUAGGAUCACCAAUUAAUUGUGUGUGUUGAUGUGUCUUGCAUGUGCAACAAUGUUUGAUUAGGUGGUUGGUUACAUAUAAUCCUAAUCUAGACAACGCGUUGGAAUUCCCUUCAUAUGCAAUUUGGAUAUCUUUAUUUAUUUUA